AUGAAAUCUCUCCGGGAACUCGAACUCGAGCUGUGUAAUAAGAUAACGGAUAUGGGGAUACAAUCUAUCGCUAGAAAUCGUGGCUCUUCGUUGUUGACGUUGAAUCUGGGAGAUCUGAGACAAAUGAGCAACAUCUCUAUUCAGAUCAUUGCAGAUCAUUGCGUCGACUUACAGUCAGUCUCGAUCGCUGGGAGCAUGCAGGUAAUGGAUCUUGACGUGGAAGACCUAUGCAAACGUGUUUCCGAUGAUCUUUCUCGGUCAAGCAGUCGCAGACUUACAGACGGGUCUGUGAAGGCUGUCAGUCAAUUGUUGCGAAAGCAACACAGGGCAGCUCUGAGUGCGCCUUUGAGGGAGCUGGACAUGGGUGGUUGCUCGAGACUGAGCGAAGACGCUGUCGCAAACCUUCUGCCGUUGUGCUCUUCGUUGACGAGGCUCGAUCUGAGGGGCUGCACGUCGUUGACGCACAGGACAAAGGUGUAG